AUGUCGCAACAAGAUUCCAGCGAGGAUCCUGGACAAUCGUGGCAAUCCCACUUUCACCCACCUUCUCCGCAAGAAACGAGUACCCGCCUCCCAUUGCCACCUGUGCGGCGUCCUCGUGAUGGCUUUGACUUUCGCCGCCCAGUUAGCACUCUUUCGCCUGGGAAUCCAGGGAAUUCAGGGAAUCCAAUUGAUCUGACUAGUGAGCCUGGCUCACCACCUCAGCCAUUUUCACUUCGCAGCCCAGAUCCUCGGACACAUCAUCCAGCACGACCGCCUCGUUUCGGCAGGUCCAUCUUGGCGCCGCCGGAAGUGAUAGACUUGGAUGAUGAAUCCGAUGCUCCUGCACAACCUCCUCCCCGACCUCGCUACACGGCAUUCGGUGAUCGCAUCCCGGAUGGUCUUGACAUUAGUGUCCUCCACCCUGAUGAGCGCCCAUGGGGCAUUUGGCCUCGUUUUGGUGGCUCCUGGGACCAUAUUAUUAACCGUCACAGGCAAUCCGCCCAAAACGCUUCCAUUCCCUCCUCAAAUUUACCAGGCACCAACCGCUUCAACAUGAUACCGCAUCCACCUCUCAGACAACGUCCACGCGGACCCAGACCUGACUUGGAGCCGAUAUACCUUGGCGUGCGACCCGUGGAAACCGUGGUGUUGGAUGCAGGCCCUGAUGAUCUCAUUCUUGACUAUGGAUCUGCGUCUUUUGAUAUGCAACAAAACACUGAACAAGCUGAGACUAGACGACGCGAGUCAUACAGAGCACCCAGUCCGCCACCAGUGGGCUUCACUCGGACCCUUGGAGAUGACGACGUUGCAAUAUGCCCCAAUUGCUCCGGCGAACUCGGGGUCGGCGAUGGACAUAAAGAACAGGUCUGGGUCGCAAAGCCUUGCGGACAUGUUCGUUACUUCAUAACCCUUAUAAAUAUACGGUUGGGCUAA